AUGCCGCUGUACCGUAGUUCGGCAAUCAAAGGUCCACUACAUCCGGCAUUUGCGCACUUUCAAGCUGCCGUACGACAGGCCAGUACAGUGAAUAGAAGCCAGUCGGUUUCGAAUGCUCCUACGUCGACUCAAGGCGUAACUCGUGAGCAACUUCGUGCAGCAACAACGUUAUCGGUUCGCCGUGAGGAAAAGGAAAAGAAGGAGGAUGAAACACAUUGGAACGGGAAAAGUUCUUCAUCUUCUCCGUCUUUGGAAUCGACUCCAUCGGAUGAAAUCGAGAAAAGGGUGGGAGAAGGCAGAAAGGAAUACGACAUAAAAAUGUACAGUCCCAGUCCUGCGCUUUCUGUUGUUCGCCGACGAUCACAGGCACCGAGGCCAUCACGUCGUGUAACAGGGCCGAUCCAAAUUGACGAUCUUCAGACGUUCGAGGAAGUUUCGGAUGAAACGAUUCAGAAAAACAGCAACGAUUCGCCCUCCUCUACUGCAACAACAACAACCCUAACUCAGCCAUCCAGCGAUUUUUCGAGCACAAAUAUCGCUACCACUUCAUAUAGCUUCAAAGAUGGCUCUUAUACUGUUUCAUAUGCGCAAGCUCCGCUCACUAACAAAACGAGGUCUAUCACUCAGACUAAUUCGGUGCAUAUUGGUGGCAGUACGGUGACCACAAGCUCAGCACCAUUCCCAGUACAUAAUAACAGGACAACAACUAAUUGCUCAGAGGCAAACAUUGAUUAUAAGGCGCUGUAUGAGAAGGAGAAGCUGGAAACGGAGCGAUUGCGGCGUCGACUGGAGGAAUUAACACUUGAGGUAUUCCGAACUUAUUGA